AUGUCGUCCGAGAAACCAGCGUUGAAGCCCAAACCAAAGAUCCCUCCGCCAAUUAAGGCCAAAAAGCCGGAUCUGACCGUUGUCACGGCGCCAGAGCCAGCAGACGAAGAGAAUGUCGUGGCGUCUUGGAGAAACAGCCUGAAAAAGACGGAACCACAGCUUUCGCCCAAAACGGAGCACAAACCAGCACCUAAACCGACGGAACCUGUGCGGACCUCGUUUUCUGCUGUCGCGUCCAAGUUCCCUCCGCCUCCCGUCCAUAUCAACAGAAAUAAAUCACAGGCCUCCAUCAAACUGGAACGUACACCUUCCACCACCCCUUCUCUGCCAGAAGGACAGCGUUCUUCCACGGUGUCGAGCAAGACGCCGUUGUCGUCGGACGAUGAGGACGCUCCCCCACUGCCUUCGCGUCCGUCACGUGGGAACUCCGUUUCCUCGGUGGAAGAGGACGCUCCUCCGCUGCCAAAAAGACCAGGCAUUUCUCCCCAGCACUCGGUUGUGCAGGAACUCAAGACGCGGGCCCCACCAAAGCCCCGCGUUCUGGAGAGAUCUGACUCGCAAAAGUCUGCCACUCCCCCACCGCGUCCCGAGCGGAAAGGAACCCCGCCAGUGGUGAAGCCAAAACCUGCUCUCAAACCAAAACCUGUUCCCGAGUCCUUCACCAACACGCUCACCUCGAACUUGGAGACUUUGAAACUGCAGCAGCAGAGACCCAACCACUCUGCUCCACCAACUCCUCCAAAAUCUAGAUCGUCGGCGUUCAACUCGGGAACAGCCUCGCCUGCUUCCCCUGCUCCAAGAUCCCGAAGCAAACCAUCGGUUCCUCCACCCAGAUCUGCUGCCAAAUCCAACUGGCACCCGCCCGUGCUCAACUUAGAGCUCGAUUCCGGCUGGUUUGCCAAAGACGACUUCGAGAACUACCUUCCUAAAGACCUGCAGAAUUUGGACUAUGCUACCUCUUACGGCUACAACUCCAAGGAAAAUUUCAGGGUCCUGGUGUUCCGCAACAGAGACCUCUCCACAACCAAAAUUAAGUUCACCUGGGACAAGGCUGGCGACCCCGCACAAUCGGCCGACCACGAGACCAAGUUCGUGCCUCCGCCACAGGCGUCAAAGGCGCUUCUGGACGAAGGUGCUGCCGUAUACGGAGAACACGUUGCUGGCUGGUCUGAGGCACAGAAGGGCAAGAAGGUUGGCGAUGGCGAAUGCUGGACAUUGGCCCAUGAGGCUCUCAAGCGUGGAUGCGGCAAACACGCGUUCAUUUCCUCGGGCCUGGUCCACGGAGCUCUCUUGGGAACCAUAGUGGUGAACGACAAAAAGCCAAAGUUCCAGAAAGAACCAGUGUCAAGCAACAUCCAGCGGGGUGACAUCUUACAGUUCAAGGACUGCUGCAUCCGGUAUCCGAACAAAGCGCUGUUCUACGGGUCCCCUGACCACACGUCUGUGGUGACUCACGUGACGGGAUCUGUGGAGCUUCCGAAAGUGGAUGUUUUACACCAGAACGUGAACGGCGAGAAGGUGGUCAUCCUGGAGACCUUAGAGCUCGACAAGCUUGUCGAGGGUGAGGUCAAGGUGUACCGGCCGGUGGCUGCGAGCUGGAUUUCUGAGCUCACGCCGAUGUGGUGA